AAACAAUGUCAAAACUCGAUCCAUACGAACAUCUCCGAAUUUCCCUGAACCCCGACGGCUCACUCACGCGCCACCACAAGCUCCCCACCUCCGCCGCCACCGGAGAAUCCCCACAAAAUCCCUCCGCCCACGCUGUCCUCAGCAAAGACGUCACCCUAAACGCCGACAAGAAAACGUGGAUGCGAAUCUACCUCCCCGCCAAACUCCCUUCCAACGACAACUCCGUCGCGCGCCUCCCCAUCAUCUUCUUCUUCCACGGCGGCGGCUGGAUCAGCACCAGCGUGGCCGACACCGCCGUCCACGAGAGCAGCAACUGCAUCUCCUCCGAAGUCCCCGCCAUCGUCGUCUCCGUCGAGUUCCGCCUCGCCCCGGAGAGCCGCCUCCCCGCGCAAUACGAUGACGCGGCGGACGCCGUCUUCUGGGUCAGGAACCAGGCGGCGGAUCCAGUCGCCGGAGAUCAGUGGAUCACGGACUACGGCGACUUCUCCAGAUGCUACCUAUACGGCGCCAGCUGCGGGGCCAACAUCGCCUUCAACGCCGCGAUGCGGAUGCAGCAGGCGGAGCUGCAACCGCUGAAAAUCGCCGGAACAAUACUCAACCAGCCGUUUUUCGGAUCGAACCGGCGGACCGGGAGUGAGCUAAACCGGGCCGACGAUCAGUAUUUCCCGCUGCCGGUUCAGGAUUUGCUGUGGGAGCUGGCGUUGCCGGUCGGAAGUGAUCGGGACCACCGGUACUGUAAUCCGUUGGCGGCGGAGGAGAAGGUGAAGAAUGUGGGGCGGUGCUUGGUGAUAGGGUACGGCGGCGACCCGUUGAUCGACCGGCAGCAAGAUUUUGUCGAAAUGCUGAAGAAGCAAGGGGUGACGGUUGAGGCCCGGUUUGAUGACGUGGGCUUCCAUGGGAUUGAUAUGAUUGACUCCAAGAGAACUAUUGCCAUUCUUAAUUUUAUCAAACUAUUUGUUUGA